GAGGCGCUUCAGGACGCGGACCCGACCCAGAGUCUCCACCCAUCCCUUUCCUCCCUUCACUUCAAUUCCGUCUUUCUCGUUAACUCCUCUCUCUCUCUCUCUCUUAAAUGCCUCAAUCUUCGCCCCUCUCACUCCUCCCCACGGCAUCUCCUUCUCUCUCUGUCAGCCGCUGUGACGGAAAUUAAUCCCGAAUUCAAUACCCUCCCAGUCCCCAUUGUUUUUCUUUCACCUUUCUGAUGCUACUUCACUUCACUUCAGAAUAGUAAAUUUAUUUUACCCGCAUUUUCUGUGUCUAGGAUCUCCCCAAACCAGUAGCUUCAAAUUUGAUUCCACAUGGUGUCUCAAAUGCAGCUCUGAACAACCCCAGCUCUGAAAAAUUCCUCUCUCUAACUCAAACUUCAGAGUGUUCAGCAUCGAUUACGCCAUCCAAGUGUAGGAGAGGAGUAUCUGCCCAAUCAUCUUGGGUUCUUCUGAAAUUUGUUCCCAAGAUCAAGUUGGAUACAAGAAGAGAUGUUGAUCAUGAGGAGGAGAUUUGCUUGCUGCUCUCGGGACAGAGAGCUUAGUUUUGACUUUGAUGAACAAGAGAGAAUAAUGACAUACAAUGGCCUAGAGAGUUGCAUUCUUAACAACCAUGCUUAUGAAACUGAAAGCCCCACUAGCAGGGGGGAUGGAUGUGUCUCCGACUCCUUGGACGAAGAUGCCUCAAGCUGUUCUUCUAGCAAUAAUGCCACUGGAUCAUACUCUUCUCACUGGACAAUGGUGAAGAGGGAUGAGCAGGGACUAGAUGAAUGGGAGAUUGCAGAAAGCGCCAAACAGUUUUAUUGCAAGGAAAAACCUAUUCAGAGUCUUCAGUUUUCAGAUGUUGAAGCAAUGAAAGAGAGAUUUGCAAAAUUGUUGUUGGGUGAAGAUGUUACAGGGGGACAUAAGGGGCUCCCCACUGCAUUAGCUUUGUCUAAUGCCAUAACAAAUCUAGCAGCAUCAAUUUUUGGAGAACUGUGGAAAUUGGAGCCACUUCCAGAAGAUAGAAAGACCAAAUGGCGAAGAGAAAUGGACUGGUUGCUCUCCCCUACCAACUAUAUGGUUGAGUUGGUUCCAGCUAAGCAACACGGUGCCAAUGGCCGCACAAUGGAGAUAAUGACUCCAAAAGUUCGUGCAGACAUCCAUAUAAAUCUUCCAGCACUUCAGAAGUUGGACUCCAUGCUUAUUGAGAUUCUAGAUUCAAUGGUUAGCACUGAGUUUUGGUACGACGAAGGAGGGAGCCGAGCUGAAGGAAGGAGCACGAGUAUAAGAAGGAGCAGAAAGUGGUGGCUUCCUUUGCCCCAAGUACCAACCAGAGGCCUUUCGGAACUUGAAAAGAAAAAAUUGCUAAAUCAGGGUAAAGUGGUGCACCAAGUAUUCAAGGCUGCCAAAUCCAUCAAUGAAUCUAUCUUGCUUGAAAUGCCUGUCCCAACCAUUAUCAAAGAUGCACUUCCUAAGGACUUAGAGAAUUGUUUCUGCAUUUUUUCACUAGUGAUGAGUUUGACGACCAUCUAUACUUGUUUACAGUCUGGAAAGGCAUGUCUUGGCGAAGAAUUUUACAGAAUCUUGAGUGCCGAAUCAGUAUCAGCAGAGGAAAUGCUCAAUUCUCUAAGUUUGAAAUCUGAACACAAUGCCCUUGAAGCCGUCAAUAGGUUGGAAGCAGCAGUAUUAGCUUGGAAAGAGAGAAUUAUUGAACAAACCUGUGCUAAAUCACCAGUUCGAACUUCAUGGUCCUUCAUAAAGGAUCCAAUAUCUGACCUGGAUAAGAUGGAGUUCUUAUUGGACCAAGCGGAAGCUCUUAUACAGCAGCUGAAGACCAGAUAUCCUAACCUUGCCCAGACAUUUCUUGAUGUUGUGAAAGUCAAAUAUGGAAAGGAUGUUGGACAUUCAAUUGUAGAAGCAUAUUCCCGAGCUCUUCAAAACUUGGCAUUCAAGAUACUCACACGGAUGGGGGAUAUUUUGAGAGAAGAUGUUUUAAGCAAUCCCAACUCACCUGUGCCUACAGGGUGCUUUCCCGGAAUGAAUCUUUCUGACUCACCGGUGCAUAGUCAACGUGUGAGGCACUCUCUUAUUGACCAGAUGAACAAAGUGGAUGGUGAGUUUUGCAGUGCUGAAAUCAAAUCAAGUCCAGUGACUGCAACGCCAAGUCGAAACAGAGUUUGGUGCAUUGGCAGAGAGGCUUGCAGCAGUGUGUCUCCUCCAGAUUCCCCUUAAUAGAUAGCCAAGAUUAUGGUUCCGAAAAAUGUAUUUGGGAAAUUGUACUUCUGGGUGUUUCUGGGGCACAAGUUUUGUUUGGUUUUCUUGUGGCUGCAAGGUGGUUUUGGUGAUGGUUUGAGAGCUGUAUGCAUGGCAUGCUGUACAAAAAGAGAGAAUUGCAAUUGCCAGAGGUUAUUAUGCAAUGGCAAUAAUAUUUGGUGUUCUUGGAUCAAACAAUGUAAUUGUAUGCUGUGAGUCUGAACUUUUUCGCUAAUCCCAAAGGUCGAUAAAGUUCUAGUUCCUCAACA